GCGACGGUGGAUUGCGAAACAAUGCCGAAACCUAUAACAAAUAGCGAUUGAUUCACUUCGUGUUGCUCUCUUGCUCGCUCGUCUUCGAGCCCUCUGCAUUUCCCGACUGAAACCCUAACCUGCGAUCGAGAGACGCAUCGUUUCGUUCGCCACCGGCGGUCGGUCGAUCGGCUCAAGGUAUCGGUUCCGGCGCCACCGGAGGCGGUCUUUGCCGCGCGAUUUGUGGGGGCGAAAAAGGGUCGGUACUCGUGGUUUGCCGCUGUGGCGAGGAUGAGCGCCCAGAAGAAGCGGACCUUUAAGAUCGAGGCGUUCAAGCACCGGGUGGAGCUCGAUCCCAAGUACGCUGAGCGAACAUGGAAGGUGUUGGAGCAUGCGAUCCACGAGAUUUACAACCACAACGCUAGCGGCCUCAGCUUCGAGGAGCUCUAUAGGAAUGCUUACAAUAUGGUUCUGCACAAGUAUGGGGAAAAGCUCUAUUCUGGACUUGUAACCACCAUGUCAGGGCAUCUAAAAGAAAUUGCAAAAUCAAUAGAAGAUUCUCAGGGUGGUUUGUUUUUAGAGGAGCUUGACAGAAAAUGGGGAGACCACAACAAGGCAUUGCAGAUGAUCCGAGACAUACUGAUGUACAUGGAUAGGACAUUUGUUCCCGGUAAUCACAAGACACCUGUUCAUGAGCUUGGACUCAAUCUCUGGAGGGAUAACAUUAUACGUUCCGGCAAAAUCCAAACUAGGUUGCUGGAUACACUCCUUGAUCUCAUACAUAGGGAGAGAACAGGUGAGGUAAUAAAUAGAAGUUUGAUGAGGAAUAUAACAAAAAUGCUAAUGGAUCUUGGAUCUUCAGUGUAUCAAGAAGAUUUUGAGAAACCAUUUUUAGAGGUUUCAGCUAGCUUUUACAGUGGCGAGUCCCAGCAACUCAUUGAGUGCUGUGAUUGUGGUGAGUACCUCAGGAAAGCUGAGAGACGUCUUACUGAAGAGACGGAGAGGGUCUCUCACUACUUAGAUGUCAAAAGUGAAGUGAAAAUAACCAGUGUGGUGGAAGGAGAGAUGAUUGCUAACCACAUGCAGAGACUGGUCCACAUGGAGAAUUCUGGUCUUGUGAAUAUGCUUGUAGAUGACAGAUACGAAGACUUGAGCAGAAUGUACAACUUGUUCCGUCGAGUCCCUGAUGGGCUGUUAACUGUUAGAGACGUGAUGACUUCCCACCUAAGAGAAACCGGAAAGCAGUUGGUAAGUGACCCUGAGAGAUUGAAGGACCCAGUAGACUUUGUACAACAUCUUUUGGAUGAGAAGGAUAAGUAUGAUAAGAUAAUCAGCAAAGCAUUCAACAACGACAAGUCGUUCCAAAAUGCUUUAAACUCUUCAUUUGAGUACUUCAUUAACCUAAACAACAGGUCUCCUGAGUUCAUAUCCCUCUACGUUGAUGAUAAGCUUCGGAAAGGGCUCAAGGGAGUAAGUGAAGAGGAUGUAGAGGUAGUCCUUGACAAAGUGAUGAUGCUGUUCCGGUAUUUGCAGGAGAAGGAUGUAUUUGAGAAAUACUACAAACAACACCUGGCAAAGCGGCUUCUUUCAGGAAAAACUGCUUCUGAUGAUGCAGAGAGAAGUAUGAUUGUUAAGCUCAAGACAGAAUGUGGGUAUCAGUUCACUUCCAAAUUGGAAGGUAUGUUUACGGACAUGAAAACCUCUGUAGACACUAUGCAAGGAUUCUAUGCUAAUCAGUAUUCUGAGACUGGAGAUGGUCCGACCCUUGCUGUGCAAGUUCUCACAACCGGUUCAUGGCCAACACAGCCUAGUGCAACUUGCAACCUUCCAGCUGAAAUUCUAGGAAUAUGCGACAAGUUUCGAACAUAUUAUCUUGGAACUCAUACCGGACGUAGAUUGACAUGGCAAACAAAUAUGGGCACGGCUGAUAUCAAGGCAACCUUUGGCAAGGGUCAGAAGCACGAGCUGAAUGUUUCGACUUACCAAAUGUGCAUUCUGAUGCUGUUCAAUUCUGCAGAUCAGUUGACAUACAGAGAAAUAGAACAGGCAACAGAAAUCCCAGCUCCAGAUCUGAAGCGUUGUCUUCAGUCUCUUGCUUGUGUCAAGGGUAAAAAUGUCCUGCGCAAGGAGCCAAUGAGCAAGGACAUUGCUGAAGAUGAUGCCUUCUAUUUCAAUGACAAAUUUACAAGCAAAUUCAUCAAGGUGAAGAUAGGGACUGUGGCAGCACAAAAGGAGUCCGAGCCAGAGAAGCAGGAGACUCGCCAGAGAGUAGAAGAAGACAGAAAACCUCAGAUUGAAGCUGCCAUCGUGAGGAUUAUGAAAUCCAGAAGGGUAUUAGAUCAUAACACCAUUGUAACAGAGGUCACGUCCCAAUUGCAAUCACGCUUCCUGCCAAAUCCAGUUGUCAUUAAAAAGAGAAUAGAGUCUCUCAUCGAGCGGGAGUUUUUAGAAAGGGAUAAAACCGACAGGAAACUAUAUCGAUAUCUUGCUUGAGUGCUAUUUGAUGUCUCCUGUGGAUGGAGGAGGCCUUACUCUCUGAUUUGCAUGUAAUUGAUCUGCAAAUUCCUGCUUGUGUGUUCCUAUGAAUGCUUCUUCUCAUGUUGUUUAUCUAUGCUUCUGAUCUAUUGCGAAAGUUUCUGAAUUCUA